AUGGAAGCGCCCCCAUGGGUUUGUGAUCUCAUGAGUAAAUGUUCUUAUUUUCCACUUCCCGAAGUUGGAAAAGUCAAAAUAAAAAUAAAGCAUGGCCCCAAUCGACAGAACCCAAUAAUCAAACGCAAACCGCAAUACAACUUUCGUUUAAAGAGUGUUUUAGAAAUGGGGAAAUAUGAAGCGAUUGGAUAUAAAUUUGGGAUGUUUUUAAAUGAUGGUCUUGACAUGCUCUAUGAAUAUGGCCAUCUCUGCGACCCAAGUAAGUGUACAAAAAUGGAUAUUGGCGCUGUUGAAUGUCUUUGGGAAUCGGAUGGGAAAGUUAUAUCAAUGCCAGCACGCGAAUACAUGAUUAAAACACUCAUAUGGGCGUUCGAGACUCUUAACAUUCCCGAAUUAUUUCCUUUUGAUGGGGAAGAGAAACCACCCAAAGGAUAUUUAAAAACUUAUAAAAACAUUUUUAAUCGACUUUCGAGAAUACUCGCACACUUUUUGUACGCACAUCAUGAAGUGGAAGAAAGUGAAAUUCACUGUUCAGAAAAUGAAGAAAAACAACAACCAAUCAUCUGCAAAAAUUAUGGUCGUAAUCACAUGGGAAAUUGUUUGUUAAAUAUGGUGAGGGAUUAUAUAAGCUUGAGAGAAGAUGCGAUUGCUCAUAAGUAUUAUCAAGAAAAUAAAAACACGUUUACACAGGCGCUCGUCGACGAGUUUUUGGAAAGACAUAAAACAUUUGAUAUUGCAAUAAAAUAA